UGACGUCUUCUAUUUUGGUUUUCAUGGCGGGAGCGAGCUGGAGUUUGAGCGUCAACUUUUCAAACUGCGUCCUCUGAGAGAAGGUGACUUCUCCGUAAACUCUGCGAUUUAACAGCCCCAGUUCAAAUGUCUACGUUCAAAUGUUUGGUCCGGGCCUAAGAAGAAUUUAAAAAUCCUAAAACAUCUGCUAUUCAAUAUUGUGUUUCUGUCCGGCUUGCUAACGCUAGCUAAGGAAGGAGGUUUGACAGCUGACUGAAGGCAGCUGACCUGCAGAUGAACGUGAGUGCCAUGGAGAGCUCACUGGUCAAAGAAAACCCUCUGCUUCUACCUCUGAACAAAGACAAAACUGUCUAUGACGGAUUCAUCACAGUCCAGGAGCGAGACUUCAGGAUGAGGAUACUUCUACCACCAGAUCGCCAACUCACACGAGCCAGGCUGCACUGCUGCUCGAGGUUAAAGCACCUGUUGCGUGGGCACGAGCACAUAGUGAAGCAGAGGCUGCAGCAGUCGGCUGAUCUUGUCAGUUUCGUUCUGGAGCUGAAGACUGUCUUGGAAGUGUGUCUGAAGAGCAGUCCAGAUUGCCGCUCCAUCCCGCCUCCGCAGUAUUACUCUCAGCUCAUCUCUGAGAUGGAGACCCUUGGGUGGGGCAAGCUGCUCUUCAUUGACACGGAGUUCCAAAUCUUGAAGCUGAAGGCAGAGGACUCCUCUGGAAGGCAGCACAUCCUCACUAUUAAACUCAAGUCUAAGCACCCUGCAGAGGCUCCUGAAUGCUCAGCCGACCUGCCAGUGCCUCUGGCCCUAACCUGGACACUACAGAGUACUCUGGACCAGCUUCACAGCCAGUUCCUGCUGGUUUUGGAGUCCCUGACUGAGUUCUGGGACGUCCUUGAUGAGAUCGACGGUAAGACCUGGAUUCUGGAGCCAGAAAAACCCAGCCGCUCGGACACCAUGAGGCGGAUCGCCAUUGGAAACAACGUAUCCAUCAAAGUGGAGGUGGAUCCCAGACACCCUAAGAUGCUGCCAGAGUGCUGCCUGCUGGGAGCCGAGCAUGCGGUGACUCCUCUGAGGAAUAAGCUGAACGCCAACAUGCACUUGUGGAACCCGGACUCCAGCGUCUUGCACAACCUCCGGGAUGUUUUGGAGAUCGAAUUCCCGUCACCUGCCACCCACGAAAAAUCUAGCUUCAGCGUUGAGUGUGGGAUCUGUUACUCGUACCGUCUUGAAGCUGCAAUCCCCGAUCAGGUGUGUAAUGACCCUCGCUGUGGCCAGCCCUUCCACCAGGCGUGUCUAUAUGAGUGGCUGCGAGCGCUCCCCUCCAGCAGGCAGAGCUUCAGCAUUGUUUUUGGAGAGUGUCCUUACUGCAGCAAGCCCAUCACUGUGAAAAUGGCAGCCCACAAGUCCUGAGAAGUGGCUGUGUUCCUGUCGGCUCCAUCUCCACGAAGAAGCGUAGAAAUACGAUGCUCAGACCAGUUCAAUCUGGUCUGAUCGAGAGGGGUUAAAAUU